AAAACCAAAACAAAGAAAAAAGAUAGUUGCAAUGGGUGUGAUUAGAACCUCAAGAACGAUGGGGUUAGGACAGUGCAUGGUUUAUGUUGUCGUCCUAAGUGCCAUUGCGGCUACAGUGACAUCAUACCCUUACACAUCCCCUCAAACUCCACAUUACAAUUCUCCAAGCCAUGAACACAAAAUCCCUAAGUACACACCACAUCCAAAACCAUCUAUUUACAGCUCUUCACCACCUCCAUCAUACUACUCUCCUUCUCCAAAGGUUGAUUACAAGUCUCCACCACCAUCAUACGUUUACAGUUCCCCACCACCACCAUACUACUCUCCGUCUCCAAAGGUUGACUACAAGUCCCUACCACCCCCAUACGUCUACAGUUCCCCACCCCCACCAUACUACUCUCCUUCACCAAAGGUUAACUACAAGUCUCCACCGCCACCAUACGUCUACAGCUCUCCACCACCACCAUACUACAGUCCAUCUCCAAAGGGUGACUACAAGUCUCCACCACCCCCAUACGUCUACAGUUCCCCACCCCCACCAUACUACUCUCCUUCUCCAAAGGUUGACUACAAGUCUCCACCACCACCAUACGUCUACAGCUCCCCACCACCACCAUACUACAGUCCAACUCCAAAGGUUGACUACAAGUCCCCACCACCCCCAUACGUCUACAGCUCCCCACCCCCACCAUACUACAGUCCAUCUCCAAAGGUUGACUACAAGUCUCCACCACCACCAUACGUCUACAGCUCCCCACCCCCACCAUACUACUCUCCUUCACCAAAGGUUAACUACAAGUCUCCACCACCACCAUACUACAGAUCUCCACCACCACCAUACUACAGUCCAUCUCCAAAGGUUGAUUACAAGUCCCCACCACCCCCAUACGUCUACAGUUCCCCACCCCCACCAUACUACUCUCCUUCUCCAAAGGUUGACUACAAGUCUCCACCACCACCAUACGUCUACAGCUCCCCACCACCACCAUACUACAGUCCAACUCCAAAGGUUGACUACAAGUCCCCACCACCCCCAUACGUCUACAGCUCCCCACCACCACCAUACUAUAGUCCAUCUCCAAAGGUUGACUACAAGUCCCCACCACCCCCAUACGUCUACAGUUCCCCACCCCCACCAUACUACUCUCCUUCACCAAAAGUUGACUAUAAGUCUCCACCACCACCAUACGUCUAUAACUCCCCACCCCCACCAUAUUACUCUCCUUCUCCAAAAGUUGACUACAAGUCUCCACCUCCACCAUACAUCUAUAACUCCCCACCCCCACCAUAUUAUUCUCCUUCACCAAAGGUAAACUACAAAACUCCACCACCACCAUACGUCUAUAGCUCCCCACCACCACCAUACUACUCUCCUUCUCCAAAGGUUAACUACAAGUCCCCACCACCACCAUAUGUCUACAGCUCCCCACCUCCACCGUACUACUCCCCUUCUCCAAAUGUCGACUACAAAUCUCCCCCACCACCAUAUGUCUACAGCUCACCACCCACACCAUACUACUCUCCUUCUUCUAAAGUCACUUACAAGUCUCCCCCACCACCAUAUGUCUACUAGAUGCCAUACUAUCGAAUUUGAAUUGUUUCAUUAACAGGAAACAUGAUUGUAAUAUUUUCAUUUUAUGAUUUCUUUUCAUUUGAUUCUUCUGAUUUUGUUCUUUUGUUCAACUAUCUUAUUAUGUUUUUUUUAAUUAAUAAAUUUUGUCGACCUUUAUACAUGUAUUUCUUAGUUGAUAUUUGUUUCAAUUUGCU